AUGUCGCUCAUGGUCGUCAGCAUGGCGUGUGUUGGGUUCUUCUUGCUGCAGGGGGCCUGGCCACACAUGGGUGGUCAGGACAAGCCCUUCCUCUCUGCCUGGCCCAGCGCUGUGGUGUCUGAAGGAGAAUAUGUGACUCUUCAGUGUCGCUCUCAUCUUGGGUUUAACGAAUUCAGUCUGUCCAAAGAAGACGGGAUGCCUGUCCCUGAGCUCUACAACAGAGUAUUCCGGAACAGCCUUUUCAUGGGCCCUGUGACCCCAGCACAUGCAGGGACCUACAGAUGUCGGGGUUCACACCCACACUUCCUCACUGGGUGGUCGGCAGCCAGCAACCCCCUGGUGAUCAUGGUCACAGGCGUCCACAGGAAACUUUCCCUCCUGGCCUACCCUGGUCCCCUGGUGAAAUCAGAAGAGGCAGUCAUCCUGCAAUGUUGGUCAGAUGUCAUGUUUGAGCACUUCCUUCUGCACAGAGAGGGGAAGUUUAACGACACUUUGCGCCUCACUGGAGAGCUCCAUGAUGGGGUCUCCAAGGCCAACUUCUCUAUCGGUCGCAUGACGCAAGACCUGGCAGGGACCUACAGAUGCUACGGUUCUCUUACUCACUCCCCCUAUCUGUUGUCAGCUCCCAGUGACCCUCUGGACAUCGUGAUCACAGGUCUAUAUGAGAAACCUUCUCUCUCAGCCCAGCCAGGCCCCACGGUUCAGGCAGGAGAGAGCGUGACCUUGUCCUGCAGCUCCCAGAGUUCCUAUGACAUGUACCAUCUAUCCAGGGAGGAGGGGGGCCAUGAACGUAGGCUCCCUGCAGGGCCCAAGGUCAACGGAACAUUCCAGGCAGACUUUUCUCUGGGCCCUGCCACCCACGGAGGGACCUACAGAUGCUUCGGCUCUUUCCGUGACUCUCCCUAUGAGUGGUCAGACCCGAGUGACCCACUGCUUGUUUCUGUCACAGGAAACCCUUCAAAUAGUUGGCCUUCACCCACUGAACCAAGCUCCAAAACAGGUAACCCCAGACACCUGCACGUUCUGAUUGGGACGUCAGUGGUCAAAAUCCCUUUCACCAUCCUCCUCUUCUUUCUCCUUCAUCGCUGCUGCUCCAACAAAAAAACCACUCACAUCCAGGAGAAGGUUCCAUGA